CCCAUCUCUUGCUACCCCUUAUCACAUCUACAAGCCGUUCUGCAAGGCUCUUGAUAGCUGUCAUCUGGAAAGCAUCGCAUCUACAGCAAACAGCCCUACGCACGCAAACCACUCACAAUAUUCAUCAAGUAUCUUAUCCGAACGCUUCUCACACCAAAAAAUAAAGGAGCGUCGCCGGCCAAAUCGUAGGCUGACGCACGCAUAACCUUUCUCACCGCCGCGGCAGACCGUCGAAGUAUGGCCAACUACGCGGAUCACGGAUACCUGUCAGUGAACAAUGACGACUUUCCAAGCGAGGUCGGAUCUGACACUGAACACCUCUACGUCUAUCCAGACGACGUGUAUAUGGAGCCCAAUACGACGGUCAACCCUGAGAUCUCCCCAGGCCACCCGCAUGAUGAUUCUGAGUACAGCCGUCCUCAGGAAUACGCGCAGUAUGGCGCACCAAGCAACAGAAACCAUCAGGGUUACUCGAACAGCUCGCAUCGAUCAGAUGGCAAUGCCCCUGAGGUCAGUGGCUGGUUCUGCACGCCGGCCGGCGUUGUGCAGCAGACGCACGCUCCCCAAGGCCCGUAUAGCGUCGCUAGAAAUAUGCAGCAUGCUCUUUACUACGGGACUGGCGCUGCACAAGCUGGCCUUACCCACUUUGGAUCCUGGGCUCCUUCCGAAUCUGACUUCAACUAUGCCAUCGACUUCUCUGAAGAAAGAAUCAGACAACAGCAGCCAGGCCACGUCGAGCAGCAAAGUGUCCUGAUGACUAGCUUCGGAAGGAUGCCUGGCCAUGAUGCUAAUUUGGCCCGAAUGAUAACGUCGUAUCCCGGCUCGCAGGGAGGUUCUUUUGAUACCACCUCAUCUGUGGAUCCAGCUCUUGAUUAUAGCCAUACGCCGAGGGGGCCUCCUCAGACGUUCACAGCUUGUUCAUCAUCUCAGCAAUCAGGCGCCUGGAACAACGAUGGGUUGACAACUGUUGCUUUACCAGACAUUGUCGUAAGCCCCAUGGACCCUGUUAGUCAGGAGAUGGUCGGUUUCUCAGAUGCGCUCACGUCGAACGCACUCCUCCAGUCCCCGAACGACCUUCAGUCGCCGAGACGCGCUUCCCUAUCAUCAACCUCGGUUGCGAGUAAUGACGUCCUUUACUGUUCCGAUUGUCCUAGGCAGUUUACAGGGAAAUGGAAGAAGACCAAUCUCGCCAGACAUGACAGGUCAAAGCACCAGAACGGUGGAAGGACAUACCCGUGCAAGGCUGCUGGUUGCAUCUCGGUGUUCAAGAGAUCAGAUGCCCGGCUGAAGCAUUAUCGCAAAAGACAUUCGUCUUUGGCGCAAGACCCUGUGUUGCGACCCAGGAGCUCAAUAUCGACUGGCCUUGGAAGUUGGGAGGAAGUUGGGGACUCAUCGAGGGGCCACAGUCAGUUGUCACCAUGCGACAGUCGUGGAAUCGAUGAUACCUUCUCCAUCAUUGACAGCACUGGAUAUUGCCAGAACGGGUCCCCCUUUUGAUUCAACGGUUGAUGCUGAUCGAACAGCUAACUCGGCUCAACGCUCCGUGAGGUACAACCUCGCUCCGACAUCUGGCUUAUCCCGC